AUGCCACUCGAGGUCCGACCACUUGUCCAGUACUCUACACAGGCUCGUCUCCUGCGUAGACCUGUUUUCAUUCAACCUUCCCUCGAGGUCAGCGACCCUCCAUCAGUGGUUUGGGGAUUCCCACGUCUAGAGAAGCUCGAAGCGCCAUACUCCUUUCGGGGCUCUCUCCACAGUAUCUGCUCCCCUUCGUUGAGAAGACUCAUUCUACGCCCGUGUUCUAAGUUCCAUGGGCCACGGGAAUACUACUUCGCCACUCCCGCAGAGCUUGUCUGGGCCCUCGCAAACACACCGUCACUAGAGCUCCUGGAUGUUGAGCUCCUUGAUGCUGAACUCGGUGGGGAGCCUAUGCGUGAGGUCUCACUUUCACGCCUCCGGACGUUACGACUCUCGGGAGACAUAUGCUCUUGUGCUAACGUCUUUCAACAUUUGGCGGUUCCCCGAGAUGUGCAAAUACAGAUCUUCCUUCCGUGGACCCGCGGCCUCCGAGUCCACUUGUUGCCCAUCAACCAGUCCAUAAGCGCUAUCGCGUCCUGGGCGGGGCAGCGCACUGAACUCGACUCGAAGUUUAAGCCGAUUCAAUCGCUGCGCAUUACAGUGCACACUGGCGGCUGUAUGCUUCAGGGCUGGAGAACUGUACGGGAUCUCUCGCGGACCCCUUGUGGCGACAACGCUUCGGAGCCACAUGCCGACGUUCAGCUUGCGAUUCCAAGGGAUGCCAGUGAAGAAUAUGUGACAUCGCUGCUCAUGUCCCUACCGAUUCAUUCCCUGCAAGUGCUCGAGAUUGGGCGCAUGGUUUUUGCGUAUGACACGCGGGGAGCGCUAGCACAUCUCUGCGUCAUGCCCAGUCUGCGUGGACUCGUCAUUACGUCCGUCCUCCCAGAGGCCGUCUUGCAGCUCAUUGCUGCCACUACUGCAAGGGAAUUCGAGUUUCGUGGGCCAGAGGGCGAAUGGCCCGAAGGAGAUCCCUCUGAAUUCUUAUUUGGCAUCCCAUACGAGCACAGUGGCACUGCGGAAGAAUUGACUCGUGUUUGUGCAAGGUAG